UUAUUUUAGGGGACUACUAUUUCUUGCAGUACUGGAUUUAAUUAAGGGAUAGUUACAAUUGCGUUCUAUUCCACAACAAACCCCAUUGUUUGAAGUCUAUGAUAUGGGGGUGCACUUUUGAUGGUGGUGUGGGUGAACCAGUUUUCUCCGACGGAGCAUCGAAAAUUAUAGAGGUCGUAGAUUGAACUGCUAUCAGCGAGUGCUAUCAACUGCCAGAAACGGAGCCACAAUCACGCUAACACCCCUUGAGAAAUCGUCGACUCAGGCCGCCUAGGCCCAUCAGGCAGCGGUUCAGGUUGGAGGCACUUGCUCGGCAUCGGGUUCCGGUAGAGAGGCUGAGCCUGAGGCAGAGCCUGCUUGUUGCUGCCGCGUUCGCAAAGGACUCAAAAUUGAUAGAAACAACAAAAAGUCUGCUGCAACUGGUGCCUCAUCUGAGGACCAGCCGCCGCGCAAAAAGGGUCGUCGCUCAGGAGGCUCAGGCUCCGCGUCCUCAUCCGCCUAUUCCACUUCCACUGCCGCAGGAUCAGUAGAUGCGGCAUCCACGUCGCGAGCGGCCCAGCAGUUACAGCUCCAACUAAACUCCUCCACUUCUACAGAGCACAGCACGGAAGCAUCGGCAAAUCCCAACAGAGGGCACCACAAACCGAUAGACAGCAACAAGAGACCACGUGAUCGUAGUAGCAGCAGUACACAGGGCUCCGAGGCAAACAUGCAGAGCACCAGUUCCACGUCGAGCGGCUCCUGCUCCAGGCCCCUCGAGGGUUCCACACUCAAUUCCGGCGGCAGUGCCGAGAACGUGGCCCGCGAGGGAGGCAGUGGCGAUGACAGCGUCGGCAUCGGCGAUGAGAAUCCCUCGGGAAGCAGCGCCGCCACGAACGGACACGACUCCAAACACAACGGCUUCAUUGUCAACAACAACGGCAGCAGCAGUCGCAUCGUCGACGGCGAGAACAAUCGGGAAAACACCAACUACAGUGGUGUGCAGCUGGACAAGUCCAACCAGGAGAUCAUCCGGCUGAUCGGACAGUACCUGCACGACGUGGGUCUCGAUAAGUCUGUCCAGACGCUUAUGUUGGAAUCCGGAUGCUAUUUGGAACACCCCUCUGCAACCAAGUUUAGGGAGCAUGUCCUAAUGGGUGACUGGUCAAAGGCAGAUUCAGACCUUAAGGACCUAGAGCCACUAAUCGACAAUGGGAAAUUGGCAACGAUCACCGAAAUGAAGUUCAUAUUGCUGGAGCAAAAGUAUUUAGAGCAUUUGGAUGAUGGCAAUCCCUUGGACGCCCUUCACGUCCUUCGCAGCGAGCUGACUCCCCUGCAGCACAAUAUAACGCGUGUGCACCAACUGUCCUCUUACAUGAUGUGUUCUACCAACCAAGACCUUUACCAGCGCGCCAAGUGGGAGGGCAAGGGCAUCCUGUCGCGUGCCUUGGUCAUGGAGCGCCUCCAGACAUUUAUGCCGCCAUCGGUGAUGAUGUCGCCACGGCGCCUGCGCACCCUGCUGCAGCAGGCCGUGGAGCUGCAGAGCCAACACUGCCCCUGCCACGACAUGGCGUGGGAGACGAAUCUGGAGACAGUCUCGCUGCUCACCGACCACUGCUGCACCACGGACGGCUUUCCCAUGCAAACUAUUCAGAUCCUUACCGACCACUGCGAUGAGGUCUGGUUCUGCAAAUUCUCGCCCGAUGGCCUCAAGCUGGCGACGGGCAGCAAAGACUCCACUGUGAUUAUCUGGGAUGUUGAUCCGUACAAGCUGACCCUUAAGCACCGUCGCGUUCUCGACGGCCAGGCCCAGCUUAGCGUGAGCUUCGUCAGCUGGAGCCCCGACUCCAAGCUCAUCCUUGUCGGCGGCACCGAGGACUCCCACGAGCUCUACAUCUGGAACGUGGACGACGGCAAGCUAGUGGUCAAGUUCUCGCAGUCUCUGGAGGACAGCCUGGCCUGCGGCGCCUUCAGUCGCGAUGGCGCUCGAUUCGUCUGCGGCGGCCAGAAAGGUCAGCUUUACCUAUGCGACCUCAACGGCACCAUCGUGGACUCCUGGGAGGGAGUGCGCGUAAACAGCAUAGCCUUUCGGGCGGACAACAAAACGAUCUUAGCGGCGGAUAAUCAUUACCGAAUCAGAGGGUACAACUUUGAUAGCCCGCGUUCAGACUUUGAUAUUCUGAGGGAGCCACAUCCCAUUAUGACCUUCAGCAUCAACUCCGCCGACCGCUUGGCCUUGCUGAACGUCUCGAACCAAGGCCUUCACCUUUGGGACAUCGAGGACAAGUGCCUUGUGCGCCGUUUUCAGGGAAUACGUCAGAGCAACUUCGCCAUCCACUCCUGCUUCGGCGGCGUUAACGAGAGCUUCGUGGCCAGCGGCAGUGAGGACAAGGUCGUCUACAUUUGGCACAUCAAGCGGGAGGAGCCGCUGGCCAAGCUGGCCGGGCACACCAAGACGGUAAACUGCGUGUCCUGGAACCCCGUGUACCCGUCCCUGCUAGCGAGCGCCAGCGAUGACGCCACCGUGAGGAUUUGGGGACCGAAGCCCAACGGCAGCAGCGCAACGACUGAGAGCGACGAUUGCUCUUCAAGCUCUUCUUCGUCCUCCUGGAAUAUGACUUAAGGUCCCGAGCAGUAGCAAAUGGAUGUGCGUGGGAUAGAUUUUGGAUGCUGAUAUAGUUAUAGUGCGCCCUGAUUUCGAUAUAAAGCAGAAUGCGUCCCGCUCUGAUUGCGCGUCGGGGUCGUCGUUGCUACAAACUGCCAUUACAACAAUAUGUAUGAGCAGCAUGACUUACGAUUAGCAUUAAUUACUUAAGUACAUUAAUACGAAAGGAGAGGCAUAACAUCAUAUCUACUAUGCUAUAACAAGAAAUCGAUUCGUUUUCAGAUUUCUUUUUUAUGUAUGUAUGUAUACGGCGAUGCGAAUUAAUAUUUCCGGCCUAUAUUAGCGACUCUUCUCGAUCUUUUCAUUUAUUAAAAGUGCGAUCGACCUGCUUGGUUUUCAAAUUAUUAAAUAUUGCCAUUUGAUUUGUUCUAUGCAGUUUCCGACAUUUAGUAUGUAACACGAUUUGACGUAAUUGAUACCCAACAGACACAAUAAAAGUAGUUCUAUAUAUGUUUUUAAA